AUGAGCUCGAUUGCGUUCCCCGCCUUCGGGCAAGGCCAACUUCAACACGAGCAGAUGCGCCUCGACCACACAGCAGAACAACUCUACCAUUCCGUCGAGCAAGCGGUCCAUGCGCCGACACACGCUGCGUCGGCUGCUGCUGGCCACGCUCCAAUUGCUGCCAGCCUCGACAACCGCCCCGAGUCUGCAACCCAAUUGGUGCCAGGCAAUGCUUCCACCGCCUCAACCGCAGCAGCACCCACAAAGAAGAUCACAAAGCGCGUCAAUGCUCGUCUCCAGCUCGCAGCCGCUCUCAUCGAGGCCGACAACGACCGCAUCCUCGAAAAAGCCCAGUUCUGGCACAUCUACCAUCCUCCGCAAGCCAACGAUCUCGUCCAUCCACCGCCCCCUCCUCAGCCAGCGCUUGCCAGCCAGAGUGCUAUCUUCGCUCCUUUCCGAGAGGGUGCAAGCAUCGCCGUCAAGCGCCAUGUCCGCACAUGGAGCGCAGCCACCGGCCUUUCCCGCCUUCUCGAUGCCGGAGACGAUGGCAAACGACCCAGCAUCGAUUUCCUUGGUGUUGCCCUUCCCAACGAACAGCGUGCACGCAGCCGUGCCGGUAGCAGCGUUGGUGCCCUUGCGGAAUCUGAAACGCCGCGCAAUCGAAGCGACAGCCUCUUCUCCAACGCCGCCCCUUCCGUCCUCGGCCGUACCUCCAAGGUAGGCUCUCGUCCUGCCAGCCUCCUGGCGCAAUCCGAACACGACGAACUCGUCGCUGCAGACGCUGCUUCAGAUGAUGACGCGCUCAGCGCGUGGGGUGUGGAAAAGUUCCUCAGCAAGGUCGAGCGCGAACGCAUCGCAGCAGGCAGCCGAAGCCGCGCUCAGAGUUUGGCAGGUAGCAUCACUGGUGCACGAUCUUCGUUUGAACAGCUGGCGCCUUCCCUCACGGCGCGACCAUCCGUAGAUGUAGAUCCAAGCCUUCCAGCCUGGCCGCCGGCAGUGCGCAGGGCCAGCUCCGAAGUCGCUGCGGCGACCUCUGCCGGUGCUGCCGCUGCUCACCCCAAGCUCGAGCUCUUGGCCAAGAUCAAGCUGUACCGAGAGCGCCAGGAGAACCUGCCUCCCGCAGAGUGGCAAGGUCCAGGUCCAGCCGCCACUAAGGACGAGGUCAUAGAGCACAUCAUCGCCUCUGCCGAAGACAGCAGCCGCACUUCGCUCCGUCAAGCAUCGCACGAGUUGGACCAGGCCUCCGCUGUGGCCAGAGCCGAUGCCACCGAAACAGCCUCUGUGAUGGACCGACCUCGCCCAUCGUCUCGUGCCGGCUCUGCGUCCUCAACCGGCUUCUUGACAGCGGCGCUCCCUGCCGAUCCUGCCCGCAGUACAGGACACGCAUCAACCUACGAAGACAGCCGGGCUGCUCCGCUUUCUCACAGCGCAGAUCCAUCGUCCACAGAACCACAGACCAUUCCCGUCUCCGAAACCGCUGUUCAGGCUGACCCAAUAUCGUUCAAUCAAUCAGCUCCAGGCGAAGCUCAAAAUAUGGUCGGCGUCGGCUCUUACUCCCGAAGCAACUCGCGGCGCAACUCCUUUCUCGAAGGACCUCUGCUCGAAAGUCAAGCUGAGGCAAGCGCGGAUCACAACACGCUCGCACCAGAGGAAUCCAUCGUACCAUCUCAGAGCUUCUUACCCGUGGCACCGACGCAAGUCCUUGCUGCACAACCACGCCGUCUCAGCCGCGGAUGGGCAACGGAUCAAUUUGCCGAGCACGAGAUGGGACUUGGGCCAUCUCCAUUCGGCGCUGCCUUGCAAGCUGCCAGCCCCGCCCUCGAUCAGACCGAUCGCGUUGAGGCAGGUCCAACUCAUGCCACCUCCUCGGCUCUCGACUUCAAUAGCCUCAGCACGCGCCAAUUGCAGAAUGUUGCACGAAAUUCGACCUUCCCAUCGUAUCUCGGUAUCAAUCGCGAUCUGCUUGCUGAGGAGGCCUUCGACGAACCAGACGAUCCUCUGCUGCUCAACGAAUUUGGAAUCGCCCCAAAGCGCCGAAGACGAUCUUCGGCCGAUAUCACUGCCCUCGCCAAGGACCUCGCGCAGACCGGUGGUGACAACUUCGAAAUCCAGCUCGGCGACGGCACAGCACCGGACUUGUCAUCGGCCAAUUGGGGCAAGCCGCGCAAAAAAUGGUUCCGUUUGAGCAUGAUGAUGGAUGCCAAAGGCAAGCCCAUCAAGUCCAAGAAGACCGUGACCGCUGACGGCGCCGAAGGCGAUGGUGAGUCCGACGCCGAAGCUCUGGACGUUGCCACCGUACAGGUCGAUCAGCUCCACGUUUCACACCAGCCUAUCGGAGAUGCUUUCGAAGCACCGACGAUGAUGGCCGGUGAGGCGAGUCCUGCUGCUGCGGCUGAGCACGACGAGAUCGAUGACGACUACAUUAGCCCACCGCGUCGAGGACCGCUUCGUCCGCUCGGUCUGGCUGCAAGAACGCCACAAACCAUUGUCAUGCCAUCGCCGCUCCAAGGCACCGACUUUGCGCCAAAGCUCCGACUCACCGAAGCGAUGCCAUCGCCUGUCGCCACCCAGCGCCACAGCCUGCACGUUCCUGACGGAUUUGUAUUGCACAAUCGAGGCGGUCUGCCUCCCAUGCGCAGCCUGGUCGUACACAGCGCCAACGGACCUCAACCCCUGUUUGCAGCCAAGACCAAGAACAAGAAAAGUGAGCCGGCGGCCGCACGACUCAAAGCCGUCGAGGUUGACAGGACUGUACAAGUGCCCGCGGCUGCACCGCGAGGGAUUGGAAGACGAGCUGCCGCCCCAACUACGGCCCUCUUCCGUAAUCAUCUCGUCCAGCAUGAUGAUGAGCGUGAAGGAUGGGGCUUCGAGUCCGGGACGCGUGUCGACGAUAUCUUCAGUCCUGGAAGAGCAGACGAUUCUGACGACGACGACAGACCACUCGCGGAUAUCAAGCAGCAGAGCAGAUCCGCCAAACGCGCUGCCAAGCGUCUGGCCAAGGAAAGGCGAAAGCGCAAAGCUGCACGCAGAGUUCGCAGAGCAAAGAGGGAGGAGGCGCUGAAAGAGGGCAAGUCGUUCAAAGAAGUCGGUGUCGACGAGCUCAGUCCGGACGAGGACUUGGACCUCAGCAGCACCACCAGCGAAGAGGAUGCUACCGAUACGGGAAGCGAGUCGGACCUCUGGGCCAGCGACGACGACAAGCGCUGGGUGGACGAGAACAAGCCUGCCGGCAAGCUGUACGGCAAGAGUCUGCUUGAUCUCGCUUCGGAGCGCAACAAGGAGCGAAAGUCCAAGGCACGCUUCUACGGCCAGGUGCAGCUCGAGGACGGCGAAGCCAUGCCCCUUCAAUUCGACGAUGAGCGCGAUGCAAUUGCCUCGCUACGCCCUGGUGCGUCUGUGUACGACGAUGGUGCUUCUAUCGCGCCCAGUGUCGCUCGCAGCUUCCGAGACAAGCCCGUCGGUGUCAAUGACACGCGUGAGCGCAUGGAAGCAGUGUUCGGCUCUGACCACGUCUGGGCAAGGGAGAUGGCCAAGAGGCAGCAGCAGGAUGCUCUGGAGGCAGAGCAGGCCAAGGAGAAGGCUUUGCUCGAAGAGGCAGUUCGUGUGCGGAACGAGACUGAAGCCAGAGCGAGAAAGGAGCGUGGGUUGUUCACGCUUGGCAGGAAGAGCAAGAAGAACCUGGGCAUGUCGAAUUCUUCGGCCGUCAACAGCGCUGUCAGCCUCGCCGGCUCGAAUGGCAGGGCACCUUCGAUCACUCCUUCUGGCGCACCUCUCGCGGAAGAGACUGUUGAAAGGGAGGAUGAACCUGUGCGCAGUCACACGCCCGUCGAGCCCCCGGUGAUCGCUCUUGACCUUGGUGAUGUCGUCGAUGCAGAUGGCGAUGAGCAGGGAGGCCGGAAGAGCCUAAAUUUGCUUGCCGGUGAAGAAGCGGCCACACAGGAAUGGAUGAUCGAUUCCGACGUCGAACAGCAAACAGAGACCAAAGCUCAAGACUCGAGCGAUGACGACGUGCCGCUCGCUCAAGUCAAGAAGAACGUAGCGUCGCGACCAAACUCGCUGGCUGCUGGUCUGUCGCUGCACUCGAAUCGAAUGAGCGGUGCAGACUCGUCUGAAGAAGAACUGCCGCUCGCUGCGCUCAAGGAAAAGCGCAUCCGGCAGUCGAUGUUGCUUGGCGGAGGAAAGCUGGACCUGGACUUUGCCGCUUCGCGAGACAGCUCGCUUCGUAACGGAAGCUCGGAAGUGCCGUCGCCAUCGGUCGGCUCGCCUCGGCCGGGAAGCAUGCGAGAGCCCAACGGAAUCUCGCGGGACGGCUACGAUCCUUCGCAGCUCGCUGGCGUCAGGGGCGUAUCGCAUGUUGAAGACGACGAUUCGGAUGAAGAUCUGCCACUUGGCCACAGGCAUCCCGGAGGUGACGCGGCUCUGGCAGCGAUGCGCACCGCCCUCGAUAACCAAAAGCGCGCGGUCAAGGAGGCCAGGCUGGCCGAGAAGGCGCAAAGGAAGGCGGCGAGACUGGCUCAACAGGUUCAAGCGAACAACGAGCAUGCGGAAGAAGCUGGAGAGCAGUCUCGAGGCGUCGAUCACGCGGACGAAGCGGAAGAGGAUAGCGAUGAGGAUGACAGUGAGGACGACAAGCCGCUCGGCUACGUUCAUCCUCAAGCGGCCAUCAUCGCAGAGCAGGCCGCACUUAUCCGGCAACUGCAGCUGGAGAGGGAGCAGCAAGAUCAGCAACAGCAGCAACAGCGAGUGGCUUCGCCAUACUCUGGGAUGAUGUCGCCGUCUGGGAUGGACAUGCGUUCAUCCAUGAUGCUCAACCGCAUGAGCGGACUUCCGAGCUUCAUGAAUGGCAUGAGCGCAAUGAGCAGCAUGGGCAUGGCCGAUCCACGUCAGCCGAUGAUGGGUUUUCCGACCAAUGGUUCGACGAUGAUGGGGAUGUCUCAGUUUGAUGGCUUGCCAGCAUCGUCGGCUGGGUUGCCUCUGGGAAUGUCGAUGUUGCCGCCUUCGCAGAUGGCAGCGCCCGGGCCACCAGGCUCGCAGAUCGGAAUGUCGGCUGGAAUGUCUCCGGCGAUGACGAUGCCGACGCUUCCUGGCACACCUCAGAUGGGAGCACCCAUGACGGCCAACUCGAUGGCUAUGAUGCUGGAUCCCAAAGCCUCUUCGAUCCACAACUGGCGAACGCAGGUGCCGCCCGAUGCAACCGCAAUUCUCACACCGCCGGGUGGCGCUUCAACGGUGAACUCUGCAGGUUGA